AGUAAAAGAGAGCGAAAGAGAGAGAAACGAUGCGAGUUCGCAGAAAAAAGGAUCGAAGGAGAAAAAAGCUCUUUCUGGGAUUUGUUUUGAUUGCUUAUCAAAGGCAAAUACACGUCACAAGUACUCUUCAAAGCAAAAAGAUGGUUGUGGAAGGUCCCAAAAAACGUAAGCCGCUGCGGCCCGAUUCACACCAACAUUCGCCGCCUGGAAACGAUGAUGUCACAGCAUUCACGGAUGAGAGUUCAGACGAAGAACUGGAAACGUUUUACCGCGAAGGUAGUGUGUACCAUUCCCAAGAAACGGACGAUAACGAACGCAUUUCGGAGGAGGAAAGAAGCGCUACACCUGUUGCACGGGAAACCAUGCCUAGAAGGCGCAAACCAUCGCUUCCUCCAAGUCCGGCAUCCAUCCACACGGAUCGCCGCAUCAGUGUGGACCGCGAAACCGGCGCGGCGAAUAAUGACAAUCUAUACAUUGCCUUGGCGGUUAUCAUUGGUUUGCUGAUCGUCGUUGUUGCAUCUUUACCAUGGUUAAACACAUUCUUCCGGCUAUUUAGCAGUUCGAACGUGUCAUACGCCAGGAAAAAAGCUUCCUGUGACCAUUUCCAAACGCUAGAGGAACGUUUUCCUACGUUGGACGAAACGCUUUGGGACACGCUGUACGCGAGCGUGCGACGGGCAACGGCUGAUGCUGCGGUCCGUGAACCCGGAACCGUUCUGUUCCUUCACUACGGAAGAACAAGCAUCCUAGAAGGGUUCAUGAGCAGCGUGACCAACAUAACGGCCGGCUGCUUCGGUGGCACGGAACCGAUCACGCUGGAUGGUAAAUACUUUAAGCGGUCCGACAUCCAGACCGACUACGGAGUGUUUCUGGCAGAGCAAAGGCACUCUUUACUGCAGCAUGGCGUACUGGUGGUGCGCAACAUUGAAGAUGUGCCGGCACGGGCGGCUCAGGCAUUUCACACCAUAUGCGACACCCAGGAACCGUUGGUGGAAAGGUUGGUCAUUUAUCUCACGUUGGACAUGGUGAAGGCGGCCAACGUGUACGAACCGAGCAAGCAAAGUGCUACGGCAGAGGCGGAAAGUUUGCUACACAGCUUGUGGAAGGAUUCGCUAGAGCCGGCCGUUCUUCAGCCAUUGAUUACCCGGCUAACGGAAAGCGUGUAUCGUAUUGUUUGAUGAUUGUUACCACACUAGCUUAAGUAUCGGUUAUGUUCCAAACGAAGGUUGUGCGAGAGAUAGCUCUAGUUGAUCUUAAUGCAGUGGGAGGAUGUGUGUGCAAGGCAUGUGACGACGGUUCAUAAGUUAUACCGAGUAUUGUAUUAAACUGUAAAGACGCGUUCCGGUGGCCGAGGCGGUCUUCACACGGCAGGACCGGGCGGGCUAUCGGACGUUAUCCGGACCGUUCUCCUCUAGCAAGAACUGAGUAACAAGGGCAAAACCAAGUAGCAAGUAAUGAAACUAUGCGAUAUAAUAGUAUUAAUCGUGGAAAAUCACGUCUUUCUUAAUUUUGUGAGGACCAAUAAAGCAUCAAGAGUCGAUGAAGGAUUUCA